UAGCAAGCGUUGGUGUUCACAUUUUAACGAGAUGAGCGCCUUCAGAGCCGCACUGCUCCUCAUCCCUUUAAUUGCGAUGCAGAACUCCGGCGCUGUGAGCCCCUCACACUGUGACGCUACUGAGCCCUUUGCUGGGAAAGUGCUAGACCAGCUCAAUAAGGGACGGAGGCAGGGCUACCUUUUCCAGUUGCUGCAGGUCGCUGAUGCCCAUGUGGACAAAGCGGAAUCUGUGGCUGUCUAUUACUUAGUCUUGGAUGUGAAAGAAUCCGACUGUUCAGUCCUAUCAGGGAAACACUGGGAUGACUGUGAGCCCGCUCUUUCUAAACGUGUAUCUGAUAUAGUGAUCGGACAGUGUAAGGUAAUAGCAACACAAUGUUUGAAUGACUCUCAGCAUUUCAGAGUGAAUGACUAUAACUGCACCACAAGUUCUGUCUCUUCGGCACUGGCCAGUACCAAAGACAGCCCCCUACUCUUCGACUUCUUAGAAGAGCCUGAGCUUUACAGAAAACUAGCCGACAAAGCCCUUGAGAAGUACCAACAAGAGAAUGGAGAUUUUGCCUCUUUCAGGGUGGACCACUUGGAAAGAGUUGUCAGGUGGAGAGGAGAGGAAAGAACCAACUACUAUGUGGACUUCUCUGUGAGGAACUGCUCCAGGAGAUGCCAUUUUCCCAGGCACCCUUAUGUCUUUGGAUUCUGCAGAGCAGAUUUGUCCUAUGAUGUAGGAGUCUCUGACUUGGAAACCCCAGAAGACAUUGCCAUAAACUGUGAAGUCUUCAAUUUUGAGGAAUGUAGAAACAUCAGUGGUGUACCACACCAUUUUGGCCAUCCCCACCGCUCUGGUAGGCAUGAGCAUUCUCUUGCUGGCAAGCCUCCAUUUAAGCCUGAUGAAUUUAGAGAUCACCAUCAUCCCCACAAACCACAUAAAUUUGAAUGCCCACCUCUUCUACAAGACAGACCACCAUUUCAGGCAGGAGCUCCUCCUGUAUUGCCCCCUCCAGGGUCAAGAUGUCAUCACCCCCAUUUUGGCACCAGUGGGACCCAUGGACACCCUCAUAAUCAUAGUUCCAGUGAGCACCACCCCCAUAGACCCCCUCAUCAUGGAUCCCCUCAUCAUGGACCCCCUCCUCAAGAACCCCCUCCUCACGGGCCCCCUUCUCACGGGCCCCCUCCUCAUGGACCCCCUCCUCACGGGCAUCAUCACCAUGGCCACCAUCCCCAUGGCCACCAUCCCCAUAGGCAUCAUCCCCGUGGACACCAUCCCCACGGACACCAUCCCCAUGGCCACGAUUUCCUUGACCAUGGGCCUUGUGACUCACCACCCCAUAGCCAGGGUGGCUGGGGACAUGGCCCACCAUCUAGGCACUCAAAAGUAAGAGGUCCAGGUAAAAGACCCUUUCCCUUCCACUGGAGACAAAUCGGAUAUGUUUACCAGCUCCCUCUACUAAAGGAAGGUGAAGUUCUUCCUUUUCCCGAAGCCAAUUUUCCCAGCUUCUCAUUGCCAGGCGACAACAAUCCUCUAAAGCCAGAAAUUCAGCCCUUCCCUCAAUCAGUUUCUGAAUCAUGCCCAGGGACAUUUAAGAGUGAGUUUUCACAUGUCUUGAAGUUUUUUGCAUACUUGCUUCCAAAAUAAAGUCUGAUUUCCUCGAUGGGGUAAAAUUAAUAUUCUGACUUAAACCAUAAAUAAAAUAUGAUCAAUAAUGAAUACAAAAUUCAUGUAUUUUUAUCUUACUUUCAUAUUCAGGGUAGGGCAAAUGUGGGUGGGGGAGGAGAUGGCAUGAGAAGAGAGAGACAAAUGGAAAGGAGAGGAAAGAUGUCAGUGCUACAAGUCGGUCACUGACCACUAAAUCCUUGCAGCAAAUCUCUGAUCCUCUUUCUUUCCUGGACUUAACUCCUUUAAUUCUAGGGUCUUUCCUCACUGAGUACUUACGCUGUAGUUGGGCAUACCAAGAAGGUAUGUUUUAUCAGUCAAGGGAUUAUUCUUCUAAUCUAAAAUUC